AUGCAAUUACAGGUAUUUUUCUUGAUUGAAUACUCAUCUUCAUUAUUCAAAUCUUUAGACGCAUUAAACGAAAAUGAUGCAUCAACAUCAUUAUUAUUUAAUGACAACGUAGAAUUCAGUUCUGAUAAUAAUCAAAUAACAGAUGCUGAUGCUUCAAAUCAUAACUGGUCCGAUGAUAAUGAGGAUAUUCUUAUGAAAGUACGAUUACCUUCAGAUUAUGAAGGACCAAAUUUAACUACGAGAAUGCAACAAUACAUUGAUGAUAAUAAUCUUUCAAAAUUUUUUCCGCAUACGGCGAUGCGUAGUGAACUUUUAUCUCUUCUCUUCAAUGACAUAACAGAAUCAUACAAAUGGUUUUAUCCAACUAAUGAUGAAUAUAAAACGAUGGCCAAGUGCAUUGUAAAGAAAUUACGUGUUCCUUCACCAUUAGUUCAUCAAGCGAUAAAAGAUUGGCAUGAAUCAAUUAAACAGAAAUUUAAACGUGAACGUAAACCAUUACAGAUGACAAAUAGUUUUGUAAAAUUGAAACAUAAUAAAUAUGGCAAUGGUAAAACAAAUGGAAGACCAAAAACAAAAAGUUUAAUUUUGCAAGCUGAGCGCCGAGUUCACGAUAUUCCAAUGAUAAAUUUAUCUAACAAAGAAAAUGAAAAUUUGUUAUCGAUUGUCAAUCAAAUGAAAAUGGAGUUACUUAAAGAUGAUCCUAAUAAUGAUCUACUUCAUGAUCUUUGGCGACAAUCAUUUAAUAUUCGUAGUUUAUGUAUCCAUGAACUUUCAAUUAUUGAAAUACUUGAACGUUUUCCUGGCUAUCGUCGUCCAGAGAUGAUAAGACCUUUUUUAUCGUGA